AUGUCUAAAACCAGUCCCGUGGAUAUACGCUCAAGCAGUCCCGCGGGAGGUAGUUCGCAUUCGCGAAAUGCAUCCAUGGCACGAUUGUCCUCCCCUGUGCCCUCCCAUCGCCUUAAUACGCCUCCUAUACAGCAGGUUCCGACUCCGCAACAGAUCGCCGCUGACAACAAUGACUCUGCUCUGCCCAAACUUGAUCAAUCUGGGUCGUUGCCAGGCCCAGGUCGGUCAGCCCUCUCCACAGCUCUCGCCGAUACAGGGAAUCGAUCUCCUCCCGGAAGUCGUACACCACCUGUUCCUGCAAACGAUCCUUUCCCGAGACAGCCACUAUUGAACACCUCCGCAGGACUGGGGAGCCACGACAGAUUACCGAGGAGCAACUAUGGCUCUUUCAAUCCUCGUGAAGUGGCCGGGAGUCCAGGCCCAACGGAGGACCCCGAAGUGGUGAAAAGACACUUGGUGCAGCCAGACCAAGGCUCAUCGAGGGGUAGACCUCUCCGAUUCGAUUUGAACGAGCCAGCGACUGGUUCGGAUUCCGCCGAGUUUUCCAGUCUCCGGUUACAAGGUGGGGAUAUGACUCGUGCUGUGUAUCGAUGGGCAGAAGAGCAGGAGGGAAACCAGCCUGGCAAGGCGCAGAGGAGCAAAAGCUUCACUAUGCCGAGACCAGAGCCUGAAAGUGACACCUUGGACAUACAGAACAUUCGGGUGCCUGGCGGAUUCCGCAGAAACUUUCUGCGCAGAGCCGCCGAGAGUCCCACCCCUUCCGGUCGAGGCUGGAAAGGAUCUCCUGCAGCACAUGGUCAGGACCCGUCUACAAGUGAUGUUCGGCCCAGGCUGUUUACGAAUAAUUUUCUAGAGUUUUUAACGCUAUACGGACACUUUGCGGGUGAAGACUUGGAGGAAGAUGACGAGGUCCUUGAGCCAGAUGAAUAUUUCUCGUCAGAUGCCUACGACGAGGGCAGCGAUCGAGAGCCUAUGGAGGACAGUGCCCUGCUUACGCCAGGCGGACUACGGCGGAGGCGACAUAGGGAGCGUCCACCGACAGGAACGGGCAGCAGUUUCAACGCAUCUCUAUUGCUCUUGAAAUCUUUUGUUGGCACGGGAGUUCUCUUCCUACCGAGGGCUUUCCUCAACGGUGGCAUGCUAUUUUCCUCCCUUGUCUUGCUCGGUGUUGCUGCUCUGAGCUACCAUUGUUUUAUCUUGCUCAUCAGCACAAGGAACAAGGUCGAGGCUUCAUUCGGCGAUAUUGGCGGCAUUCUCUAUGGAAAGUGGAUGAGAGCAAUGAUACUGUUCUCCAUUGUUCUUAGCCAAAUCGGUUUUGUGUCGGCCUACACCGUCUUCACUUCGGAGAACCUACAGGCUUUUGUUCUUGCCGUCUCCAAGUGCAGGACUUUCAUCGACAUCAAGUUCAUGGUUUUAAUGCAACUGGUCAUAUUUUUGCCGCUCAGCUUGAUCAGAGAUAUUGGAAAACUAGGAUUCACGGCUCUCAUCGCUGACGCCUUCAUCCUCGUGGGCCUCAUCUACCUGUACUACUAUGACAUUGCCACCAUUGUCGACAACAGAGGACCUUCGGAUAUCACUAUGUUCAACCCGUCAACAUGGACACUUUUCAUCGGUACCGCUAUCUUCACCUUUGAAGGUGUCGGGCUGAUCAUCCCAAUUCAGGAAUCAAUGAAGCGACCACAAGAUUUCCCUGGUGUCCUGGCUACUGUCAUGGUCAUCAUCACCAUCCUUUUCACCUCCAUCGGCGCGCUUUCGUACGCUGCGUAUGGCUCGAAAACCAAAACAGUUGUCAUCCUCAACCUGCCUCAAGACAGUAAGAUGGUCAACGCUGUACAAUUCCUGUACUCCCUGGCUAUUCUCCUGAGCACACCGCUACAGCUGUUCCCUGCCAUCCGUAUCAUGGAAAACGAACUAUUCACUCGCUCGGGCAAAUACAAUCCUUAUAUCAAGUGGCAGAAAAACAUUUUUCGCUUCUUCCUGGUUGCCGUAUGUGCGCUCAUUGCAUGGGGUGGGGCUGGCGACUUGGACAAGUUUGUGGCCUUGGUUGGGAGCUUCGCAUGCAUACCCCUGGUAUAUUGCUACCCUCCUUUGUUACAUCUCAAGGCUGUGGCAACGACCAAGUUGCAGAAGUGGCUUGAUUAUUUGAUGUUUGUCUUUGGAUUGGCCAGUUGUGUGUAUACGACUGUUUUAACAAUCCAGCAAUGGGCAGGGAGCAGCGGUGGGAAGUCUCCCGGGUAUUGCGACUCGUGA